UUUUCGGCGCUGUCCUUGGCGGCUUAGCAAUGCGCAAGGUACGCGGCAGUGACACCCGCCACAGCGCAGCUCAGGCAAGACGAGAGUGCACCAUGGCCUCGGUGACCUUUGAGGAUGUGGCUGUGCGCUUUACCCAAGAAGAGUGGACUUUGCUGGAUCCUUCCCAGAAGAUUCUCUAUGGAGAUGUGAUGCAGGAAACCUAUAGGAAUUUGACUUCUGUAGGCAUAAACUGGGAAUGCUGGGAUUUGGAAGCUUAUUUCAGAAGUCUAGGGAGAAAUUUGAGAGUCCAAUUGGUAAAGAGAGACUGUGACCUUAAAAACAGUGACCCAUGUGGAGAAACGGUUGCCCAGCCAAAGCUUCCUGAAUGUCACACUGCCAGUCAAUCAUCCCUGAAGAGGCACACUACAUCUAACUCUAAAUACAGACCAUGUGACUAUCAGAAAUAUGUAAAGAAAUACUAUGAAUGUAAAGUAUGUGAUAAAGCCUUUACGUGCCUUGGCUCCCUUAAAAAACAUAAAAAGACCCACGCUGGAGGGAAACCAUAUAAAUGUAAGUAUUGUGAGAAAGCCUUCAGUUACCGGCACUGUGCUGAAAGGCAUAUGCUAACUCACAGUGUAGACAGGCAUAAAUGCGUGGUAUGUAGAGAAGCGUUCCCUAAUGCUGUUGCCCUUAGGGAACAUAAAACAAUUCACUCUGGAGAGAUACCUGAAUGUAAGGAAUGUGGAAGAAUGUUCUGGACUGCCAGUUCCCUAGACAUGCAUAAAAGGCUUCAUACAACAGAAAAACUUUAUGAAUGUAAACACUGCGGGAAAGCAUUCAUGAGAUACUGUUCUUUUCAACUGCAUAAAAGGACUCACACUGGGGAGAAACCUUUUGAAUGUAAGCAAUGUGGGAAAACCUUCAGACAUUCCAGCCAUGUUCAAGCACACAAGCGAAUUCACACUGGAGAGAAACCUUAUGAAUGUAUGCAGUGCGGAAAGACAUUCACUUCUGGCCACUGUGCCAGAAGACAUUUAGGGACUCACAGUGGAGCCUGGCCUUACAAAUGUGAAGUGUGUGGGAAAGCUUAUCCCUACGUCUAUUCCCUUCGAAACCACAAAAAAAGUCACAACGAAGAAAAACUUUAUGAAUGUAAACAAUGUGGGAAAGCCUUUAAAUACAUUUCUUCCUUACGCAACCACGAGACUACUCACACUGGAGAGAAGCCCUAUGAAUGUAAGGAAUGUGGGAAAGCCUUUAGUUGUUCCAGUUACAUUCAAAAUCACAUGAGAACACACAAAAGGCAGUCCUAUGAAUGUAAGGAGUGUGGUAAGGUGUUCUCAUAUUCCAAAAGUCUUCGGAGACACAUGACUACACAUAGUUAAUUAGAGAGGGAUAGUUUUAAGUAUAAUUUAAAUAUAUAAAAGAGCUCUACACAUUCUAGCUCCUCAUUAAGAAACAAAAAAUUUCACACUGGAAAACGAGCCUAUGAAUGCAGUAUGUGUGCCAAAGUCUCAGUACAUGCCACAGUUGGACGUGCCAAAACUCUCUAAGUUGAAAGACUAUCAGGAAGCAUUUCAGCUCUGAAGACUUACUGAAGAUGAUUUCCACAUAGAGACCUUGGGAAAGCUUUCUGACCAUCCUUGCUAGCAUACGUGGGAAGACCUGGUGAAGAGAGAAAAAUCUAUGGCUGUUGGCCUCUCCCAUUUCACCUUGGAUUUUAGCAGUGUGAGAAAGUCUUAAGAAAGGUGCAGCCUUAGUACGUAUGCAAACCACCACAGACCCAAACUCUGUAAAUGGAAUAGCUGGAUUCUUACCAAGUUAACAAAUGUUUUCAAACCCAUGAAAUGAGUUUCCAAAUCUCACGAACCUAAGAAGUAUAAAACCUGUUGGUCCCAGUGCUGCCUAGAAGCCAGCCACCAUGGGAAACAUGACAGUGUCCUGUGGCUUCUCUCAGUUGCUCAGUGCUAAAUGUGUCAGUAUACUGUGGACUUUUGAUUCUUAGUCAUAAUUCGGUUGGUAUUUUUGGGGUUUUGUUUAGUCUACAAUUUCAAAUGUGCAUACUGCCUUGAUUAUAUCUACCCCAAGACACUCAACAUUUCUCCCUCCCACCUUCAUGUGCAUUCCCCACCCCAUCCCCUUUUCUUAGCCAAAGCUUCAGUGUGUUGAAGAACAAAACAGCUGCCCCCUUGUCCAGCAAGCAGCACACUCCCAGUCCAUAGCUCCUACAUCUUUCAAUCCCAUUUAUGGGUUUUAAGCAAUCGUUUCUCGGUGGUUUUAAUAUCUAUUUGUUGAGGGCAGAGUGAGUCAUGCUGAAAUAUCUGUUUAUCUGAACCUACCUGGUUCCACUUUCAGUCUCCAGUCUAAGUGGGACCAUAGCUGUCUGCAAGAUUCCCAGGCUAUGUGUGUAUUCAAUGGGAGUGUUUUUCCUUGUUGACAAAUUCUUAUUUAUUGCACCUUAACAAAGUUAGAUCCUACAGUAAAUUGAAAUGUAUUUCAAGAGCUGGCAAGAUGGCUUGGUGGAUUAAGGAGCUUGCUGCCUACCCUGAUGACUUGAGUUCAAGUCCUAGAAAAGGUGAAAAGGACCAACUGCUUUAGGUUGCCUUCUGACCUCCACACGUGCCGUGGCACGUGUGUAUACAAUAAGUGUAAAAUAUAGUUCAAAUAUGCAGACAUUUAAUCAUAAUUUUAAGUACUUUUGUGGUUAAUUUUUUAAAAUAAAAAUGACUUUGAAAAUUG